UCGAGUUCCUUCCAAUCUUCAGGUGAGCAUUUUCUGGAAGUUGCAACUCUCCGGUUAUCUAGCUGUCAAGAAGAUACUCACCUGAAAAUAAGAUAUGAUAGUUAUCAGCAACUCUCGUCUGUUUCAUGGAGAUCCUACCAAUCUUCAGAUUCUAUCUUCAGGUGAGCAAAGCCAAGCAGUUGCAACUCUCCUUUUAUCCAGCUCUCAAGACAGUAAUCACCUGAAUAUAGGAUUUGAAAGUUAUCAUCAGCUGUUGUCUGUUUUAUGGAGAUCCUUUCAAUCUUCAGUUGAGCAUUAGCAAGCAGCUGCAAAUCUCCUUUAAUCCAUCUCUCAAGACAAUACUCACCUGAAAAUAGGAUUUGAAAGUUAUCAGCAGCUUUCGCCUUUUUCAUGGAGAUCAUUCCAACCUUCAGGCUCUUUCUUCUUUAAAGAAAUAUCCCUUACCACUCUCUAGUGGCAAAGAAGCAAAAAUUUUGGAAUAUUUUGGUGAUAAAUUGUGUGCCAUGCUUGAUGCAAAGCUUGUUGAAUGGAGAAAAAGUAAUAUUUCUCCUAGUAGUUCACAAUCCUCAUCUGGAUCUUCUACAGAUGCUUCAACUAGUUCUAGCAAUAGUAAUUCAUUGCAGAUCCGAAAACCUGCAGCUAAACCUUCUUCAGCUCGUGUCUUUAAAAACAAUGUUCAAGUUAAAACUGUUAAUAUAGGUAGAAUACCAGUUAAACAGUUAGCUGUGGUUGAAAGUGAGCAAAUUGUUACAGAAGAUGUAGAUUCCUCACCUGUUGAUCUCAAUACAUUUUAUCUGUUUCCUGGACACUUCAGUAUCGUACUUUGUGUUGAUAAUUGUGAAACAGUGUCUGGACAUGGUAGGAACAAAAAGUUAUUUAUUUCUGAACUACAAAAAUGUGGAGUAGAGUAUGAAGUAAGAAAGUUACAUGUUGGAGAUUUUUUAUGGAUUGCGAGGGAUAAUUCUGAUAGUGAAAAGGAACUUGUUCUAGAUUUUAUAGUGGAAAGAAAAAGACUUGAUGAUUUAGCUCAUAGUAUAAAAGAUGGUCGUUUUCGGGAACAAAAGUUCCGGAUGAAAAAUUCUUGUUUGAAAAAUCCCAUAUAUUUAGUUGAAAACUGCUCUGGAGCCAAGUAUCUUGGGUUACCAGAAUCUACAUUAGAGCAAGCAAUGAUAAAUACACAAAUUUGUGAUGGAUUUCUUGUGAAAAGAACUCAAGGCAUAAAAGAAUCUGUAACAUACCUUUCCCUUAUGACAAAAAUGUUGAGACGUAAAUAUCAGAAUCUAACUCUAGUUUCUGGAUCAAGAGAAGUUGUCCAGAAGAAAACUUUGUCAUCAAAUAUUUUCAUGAGUUUCAGAGAAUUUAACUGUUCAUCAAUAAAGAAUAAGAAUCUUACAAUAAAAGAAAUGUUUGCAAAACAUUUACUACAGUUCUUUGGCUUAUCAGUUGAUCGUGCUGCUGCAAUUGUAGAAGUAUUUAAAACACCUUCGGAAUUCAUUGAAGCUUUAGAAAAAUGCACAUCUGAAACUGAAAAAAUUCAACUAAUUUCUUCAAUUAAAUAUGGUCUACAUAAAAAAAAUAUAGGUCCAGCUCUGAGUAAAUCUUUACUUCAGUUUUAUUCUCCUUCUUGAUUACAUUUAAACACAGGAUGGAUAAAUUUUGAGAUUUCCUUUUGUAUGCAGUUUCAACAAAAAUAUUUUUAAUGAAAAAGAAAUCCUCUUUUAUGUAUAUUGUAUAUAUAAAUAUCUU